UCUGCUCAUAUUCGUCAGGACUUUUGAAGGAGAAGGAUGACUGUUACAACAUACAAAAUGUUGACAUUGUCCAUAUCGGUCUUAGUUGGACUCUUCCUAUUAGUUGGUGAUGUCGAAGGAGGCGAAUGCUGUAAAGCCCAUGAUGGGAUUUUUACAAUUGCUACAAACAAAGAGAUGUGGUGUAGUGAUUACUGCUGUUUCAAGUUAUCUAACUACUACUGUUGCGAUGACAUAUCCUUCCAGGCUGACAGUUGGGACCGAGAGGAAAUCUGUGGUGAUUACUUCUCACAAAAUGUCUGGGCUCCAAUCCUGAUCAGUAUAGCCUGCCUUGCGUCGUUGAUCGUUAUCAUGAAUAAAAUGGUGCGGGCCAACGUAUACGAAAUCAAUUGA